UCCCGCUCCCGCUCCCGCUCCCCUUCCCGCUCCCCGUCGGUCCCGACGCCGGUCCUGGUGUUCCCGGCCGAGCUGGUGUUCGCCGCCGCCGACCGCCGCAGCCACAAGCAGGUGCUCACUCUCUACAACACGUCCUGCCAACGCCUCCGCUUCCGAGUUUUGUCCACAGCCCCCUCCAGGUACACGGUGCUGGACGCCGAGGGGCACGUGCGUCCCCAGUCCUGUAUUGACAUCGUGAUCCGCAUUCGGGCCCCCGAUCCCGCUCACUACGGUGCCAGCGACUGCUUCCGGAUCGAGCUGCGGGAGGAGGGGGCCGCGGGGCGGGUGGUCGGCCACAAAGACGUCCCCUCCGUGCUCCAACCGCCGCCGCCCGGCCCCCGGGGACCCCAGAUCCCGCCGGCCCGGGCCCUCCCACCGGACGCCCCGCUCCGCUCCCGGACGCUCCGGAGCCGCUCGGGGAGGCAGGGUCCUCUGCUGUCCUUGGCUCCCCGCGUCUUCCUCCUGUACCUGCUGACCGGGCUGACCUGCGUGGCCUUCCUGUUGCUCCCGCUGCAGGGGGAUGCCCACCCCGCCCUGCCCCGCGCCCUCCACGUCUCCCUCGGACAGAAGCUGGUGGCGGCCUACGUCCUGGGCCUCCUCACCAUGGCUUUCCUCCAGCCCUGACCCCCUUCGCAGCCUGGCUCUCACCGUGAGGUGGGACAGAUUCCCCCCAAGACGGCCACUGUGACCCGGACCCCCCCACCCCCCGCCCCAACUCCCAGCUCAGGACCAGAAGCCCCAGGGAUUCGAUAGGCAUUUUCCAAGCCGAACGCGAAAGCACCAGAAGUGAAGGCCGAGUUUCCAUCAAGGACUCCGACAUCCCAUCUUCCCUCUACGAGGUCUCCCUCCCCGUUGCCCCGUCCUCUCAGGGACCCAAGGGGCCCUCCCUGGCGGCCUUUACUACCCACAGACACUCAGGCAUCCCAUUGUCCUUCGCCAGCCUCCGCUCCCCCCGUCCCAUCCCUUACCAUCCGGCUCCUUCCCCGGUCUCUGGCUGCAGAGACUCCGCAUCCCAUCCUCUGGCAUCUUAGAAGUCCAGCGGCCAAGCCAACCCGACAGCUCCCAGAGACUCUGCAUCCCAUCCUCUAGCAUCUUAGAAGUCCAGCGGCCAAACCAACACUGCCGCUCCCAGAAGACCGAGAGGCCCAGAGGCUUCCGCGUUUCCUGGAGGACCCUCCUCACUGAUCAAGGGGAAGGGAACCCGGGCCCCCUCCCCAUCCCGUCGCUCCUGGCCGAGCUGCCCUCAGGGACCUGAGGUAUCUGCCUCCCGGCCCCUUCUGUCCUCUCUCCUCUCCUAGGAUCACCCCGUCCUCCCCGGCAGCCUCUGGUUCUUCGUGUCCAACCCCGAACCCCCCCGUACCAGACUAUGGAUGGUAUUUUGGAAAAAAAAAAUGUAAUUGUAGCAUUGCUUUUUUGAGCUAAUUUUGUAAUACGAUUGUAGUUUUAGUAAAAUAAAGAAAAACCCCUCUCCCCCUCCUCAGCAUUUAGGGCUCUUUGCCUCCUGACUGGAUCCGCUUCUAGCCCCCCACUCUCCCUUGAGCUAAUUUUGUAAUACGAUUGUAGUUUCAGUAAAAUAAAGAAAAAAAACUUUCCCCCUCCUCAGCAUUUAGGGCUCUUUGCCUCCUGACUGGAUCCGGUUUCUAGCCCCCCACUCUCCCUUGAGCUAAUUUUGUAAUACAAUUGUAGUUUUAGUAAAAUAAAGAAGAACCCCUCUCCCCCUCCUCAGCAUGUAGGACUCUUUGCCUCCUGACAGGAUCCGGCUUCUAGCCCCCCACUUUCCCUUGAGCUAAUUUUGUAAUACGAUUGUAGUUUUAGUAAAAUAAAGAAAAAAAACCCUCUCCCCCUCCUCAGCAUUUAGGGCUCUUUGCCUCCUGACUGGAUCCGGCUUCUAGCCCCCAACUCUCCCUUGAGCUAAUUUUGUAAUACGAUUGUAGUUUUAGUAAAGUAAAGAAAAACCCCUCUCCCCCUCAGCAUUUAGGGCUCUUUGCCUCCUGACUAGAUCCGGCUUCUAGCCCCCCACUCUCCCUUGAGCUAAUUUUGUAAUACGAUUGUAGUUUUAGUAAAAUAAAGAAAAAACCCCUCUCCCCCUCCUCAGCAUUUAGGGCUCUUUGCCUCCUGACUGGAUCCGGCUUCUAGCCCCCAACUCUCCCUUGAGCUAAUUUUGUAAUAUGAUUGUAGUUUUAGUAAAAUAAAGAAAAACCCCUCUCCCCCUCCUCAGCAUUUAGGGCUCUUUGCCUCCUGACUGGAUCCCGCUUCUAGCCCCCCCGCUCUCCCUUGAGCUAAUUUUGUAAUACGAGUAUAGUUUUAGUAAAAUAAAGAAAGACCCCUCUACCCCUCCUCAGCAUUUUGGGCUCUUUGCCUCCUGACUGGAUCCGGCUUCUAGCCCCCGACUCUCCCUUGAGCUAAUUUUGUAAUACGAUUGUAGUUUUAGUAAAAUAAAGAAAAAAAACCCUCUCCCCCUUCUAAGCAUUUAGGACUCUUUGCCUCCUGACUGGAUCCCGCUUCUAGCCCCCCACUCUCCCUUGAGCUAAUUUUGUAAUACGAUUGUAGCUUUAGUAAAAUAAAGAAAAACCCCUCUCCCCCUCCUCAGCAUUUAGGGCUCUUUGCCUCCUGACUGGGUCCGGCUUCUAGCCCCCCACUCUCCCUUGAGCUAAUUUUGUAAUACGAUUGUAGUUUUAGUAAAAUAAAGAAAAACCCCUCUCCCCCUCCUCAGCAUUUAGGGCUCUUUGCCUCCUGACUGGAUCCGGCUUCUAGCCCCCCACUCUCCCUUGAGCUAAUUUUGUAAUACGAUUGUAGUUUUAGUAAAAUAAAGAAAAAACCCCUCUCCCCCUC